AUGAACAAGAAGCGCGCGUUUAAGUUGCUUGAUGCUUUUAACAAAGCAGGCGGAAAUUUCAUUGAUGCUGCAAAUAACUAUGAAAACGAGCAGUGGGAUGAGUGGAUUGGUGAGUGGAUGGAGUCAAGAAAACUGCGUGACAAAAUUGUUAUAUGUACCAAGUAUGCUGGAGAUUACAAGAGGUGUGAAGCAGCUCAGGGUAAAAGCGCCAACUACUGUGGUUAUCACCAACCCAGUUUACGUGUGAGUGUAAGAGAUUCUCUCCACAAAUUGAAAACAGAUUGGAUUGAUAUUCUUUAUGUUCAGUGGUGUGAUUAUAUGGGUUCCAUUGAGGAAGCUAUGGACAGUCUGCACAUCCUUGUGCAGCAGGGUAAAGUUCUCUACUUGGGCGUGUGUGAUGCACCUGCGUGGGUUGUCUCUGCAGCAAAUUACUACGCUAGUUCUCACGGGAAAACUCCGUUCAGUGUCUAUCAAGGCAAGUGGAAUGUGCUAAACAGGGAUUUUGAACGUGAAAUACUACCAAUGGCCAGGCAUUUUGGUAUGGCUCUGGUUCCAUGGGAUGUUAUGUGGGGCGGAAGAUUUCAGAGUAAAAAGACAAUGGAAAAGCGGGAGAGGAGAGGAAAGGACGUGCGUACUUUUGUUGGUAGCCCAAAACAGACAGAUGUUGAGGUUAAAAUCAGUGAGGGCAUUGUCAAAGGUAGCUCAGGAACAUGGCACUGA